AUGAGAACUCUUCCAGGCCGAUCCACGGCGCGUGUGAACGAGUGUCUAAAAGAAGGAUUAUUUGAUGAAAUAUACAAAAAUGUCGAUCGUGUUACCUGCGUAUUAGGCACCAAACCCAUGUUCAAAGAAAGUCCUUCUCAGACUAUCGAGCAUGCGAAAGAGCUAAUUGAGACGACAAGAACAACAUACAAAAUAAAACAUAUUGAGUUAUUUAAAGUGCCCGUUCAUGUUGACAACAGAUGUCGAGGUAAAUAUACAAGAUUUCAAAGAAAAAUCAUCAAAUAUAAUAAAGAAUUAGAUGAACUAGCGAAAAAUGAUCAAAAUUUAUGUGUUAUUGAAUUUGAUUUCACAAAGACAAUGUUACGUUGGGAUGAUCUACAUCCAAAUCCUGAUAGCGUUGAACAUUUAACAAAAAUAUUAAAAGAACCGGCAUUGAAUGAACGAAAAGAAGAAAAUAAUAAAAUAAUCGUACCAGAUAACAGUGUACAAUCAGUGACAGUUAUGUCAAGAGGUGUGCAUGAAGUACAUAAAAUAACGCCAUCAGUUUGGUUGGAUAUGUAUCGGUCUGGUCAAUGGAUGUCGUUCGAUGGUUUUGUUGAAUGGCAGACAUCAUGUUGGUUAGUUUCACCGCUUACUUCGUGUUCGUGUCUCGUUGGUGUUAAACAAUAUGCAUGCAAACACUCCGUUGGAUUAGCCAUCGUAUUUAACAUGUAUCAGGUUAGUGACAAAACUCGUUGUGAUCCAUCAGGUAAGAGAAAAGGUAAAGGUCGAUCAAAAAAGGUUCGGACAGCUUUUUUGCUAUUAAGGGUCCCCCUCAGAAAUUAUCUCCGGCACCAUACAUCCGAUCUUGACGAAACUUUCCGUAAAUGUUCGGCACAAUGAGUUACGGGAAUGGAAAAAUUUUUUUGUCUCCAAGUCUUACGGUUUAGGAGUUUUCCAGAGAUCAAGGUCCAAAAAGGACCCUGAACGGCGUUCCAAGAUUUUUUAAUAUACUUCAAGCUGGAGAGUUCGGGUUUGUUUUAUUUUAAACUAGACACCUAACUACAUCGACUGACCGGCGCCGAUUUUU